GUUUGUUUUGUCAGUCUCUUUUAAAGACAUAACAGAAGUACAGAAUUACAACACUGUGACGGUCACAUUAAAACGAUGUUUCACAUUGUGGAAUUUGCAGACAAAAAGGUUGCAGUAGUCCCAGCUGUUUGGGUAUCGAAUGGAAUCUGUAGCUGGCCCCCAUACAAAAAUGGAAACGAGAUGAGCAAGGCAGUGAAAAAGCAAGAAAUUCCGAAUCCAGACUGGGCAAAAUACGCUGUCAUAGUGAGAUGCACGAAAAAUUCAUACGAUGCUAUAAGGCCUAAAUUAGCACUGGCUGAACAGCAAAGUGAUCUGCAAACAGAGAGUGAAGAUGACACAAUGCCCUCAUACAAAAGAAGGAAAGGAAGGGGAUUCAAUAGGAAAUAUAUUCAGUCUGACAAUGAAGACGAUGUUGGAGACAAUGGUGAUUUUGAAGAAACAAUAUCUGAUGUAAAUUAUCUGCCAGAUACUGCCAAUGCUACUAGACAACCAACUAAUGCGACAUCACCACCCAAUGUGCCAGAAAGAACUCUAGGCAUCACACCACCACCCCUGUUUCCACCACCUCAGCUCCGAACAACAUUGAUGGUAAAUACCCCAGCAACCCGACAAAUGCAGAGCGAGGCAGAUGCAUCUACUAGUCAAGCCACUGAUGCUGGGACAAUACCACCCAAUGUGCCUGAAAGAACUCUAGGCAUCACAGCACAAACACCUCAGCUACCGACAUCACUUAGGUUAAAUACCCCAGCAAGGAGACAACUGCAGAUCGAGACAACCACACCUGUGCAGAUCGAAAUUCUCACUCAGCUUGAAAUAAUCAAGCAGCAACAGGCCCAAAUCCUGCUGUUACUACAAAAACAAAACUCUAUGGGUGCUAUGGGUACAAACCAGACAGAAGUGGUGGCGAUAGCAGCAAAGUUUCCCAUUAAGGACAGGAGUGGUCUUACCACACUAGAGCAGGAGCUUCGUGAAAGCCCAGCCAUCAAAGAGAAAGCAAUAAACUAUUUUGGCAUCAUCGGGGGUACAAAUGUAAGAGAUACGACAUGGCGUACUCUUCAGAAGAUGAUUUCAAAUGACCUUGCUAGAUCAAUGAAUUGGAAAGGGGCCAAUGGAAAGGUCUCAUUCAGCGACUCGUUUACGAGAAAUAGUCAAUCAGUCAGUGAGAAAAAAUGUUGUGUGCGCAGAAGCCACAGAUGUAGCCAUUGAGUCAGUGGUAAAAAGAUGGCAAGGAGACAAGAGGAGCUCCAGUGAAAGACUAGAAGAACUGGUAAGAUAUGGAAGAUACGGCCUGAUGUGGAAGAGGAAAUGCAGCUCUACAAACAGGAAAAGUCAUUCCAUUUGAUUCUAAUUUACAGCACAUGGUAGCGGUCACUAAAAAGGAAAUGGUUUAGUCCCCAUGGUUUAGUAAUCCAUUCUCUGUUUAUAAACUGUACCCGUUAAUUUGUAAUCCGUACUCCUGAUUUUGUAAAAUACCCGUGGAUUUGUGAAAUGUAAUCUCAAAUUUAAAAUUAGAAACCUUAUUUUGUAAA